AUGUGUCCUGCUAACAGAGAAGAUGUCUUCUGUCUCCUUCCAGAUCUCCAGAACAAGGUCUUUGUUUUCCCGGAAGCUUCUAACACUGCCGCUGUGGUCCUGGAUGUCCCCCUUCAGCAGCCCUUGACCAAGGUCACCGUCUGCCUGAGAUACUAUUCCCUCCUGUCCCGUGCCUGUGGCAUCUUCUCUUACGCCACCAAGUCCAGCGACAACGAUUUGCUUAUUUACAAGUCGAAAUCCAACCAGUAUGCUCUUCAUAUAGGUGGCUCGGUAGUAACUUACACGGUUCCUGAGAAGGAGAAACCAAGCUGGGAGCACAUCUGUAUGUCUUGGGACUCUAGCAAUGGGUUGGUAGGGUUGUGGCUGGAUGGGCAACCUCUCCCCAGAAUGGGCAUGAGAAAAGGUUAUGCCAUAAGCAACGUGGCAUCAAUCAUUCUGGGGCAGGACCAGGAUUCCUUCGGAGGGGGGUUUGACGUCAACCAAUCCUUUGUGGGGGAAAUUGCAGACGUAAACAUGUGGCCCCGGGUCUUGACCUCUGAUGAAAUGAAGUUGGUCUGGAAUGAUGGCUCCCUUUCUGACCAUUUGAUUAGCUGGAGGUCCUUGAAUUAUACACCUAAAGGUUAUGUGGUGGUUGAGGAUUUGCUGCGUCAGAGUUUCUGGGCCUCCAAAAUGUAAGCACCUGCAUUUGAAAAAGAGAAGAAAAGGAAUUCUCUUUGGGAAAAAAAUCUACCUUUCUGCAAUGGAAUGCA